GUUCGCGCAGCAAUUCGUCUGAUUCCGUUGAAUGUCUAAAGAAAUAUAAGUUCUAAUUUGUUAUCAAAGAUGAAAUUUGAGAGACACUGGUCCAAUACAUAACGAAAGAGGCAUUAUAAGUUAAGGUGAGGUGAAGUGAGAGGAGAUGGGGUGCGACCUUAUCGUGUGCGUGGGACAGGAGAAAACGUCAUUCAGUAAAGCGCUUCGAUUAUCUUCUCCCGUAGCGUUGACAAUGUUGUACUUGUUCGAGCAGUCAGACUACUUACACGCUGUGUACAUAUUAGAGGCGUUGCGUUGCCGCAAGGAGGUGGAUUGCUUUAGUCUUUUAGUAGCUGCGCGGGCACCGUUCCAUCGAGAUCUUUGACAAGGCACGAGACGCGCGAUACGUUUUAUCUAUUCCUCUUACUAUUUUAUGAUUAUUAAAUCAACUUGCAUAACUUUCUUAUCUCUUUUUCAAUCAAGUUUCCCUAAGAGAUUGUGAUCGUAUGGAAAUUUCUUUUUCUUUUUCUUUUUUUCUAAAUCCUCCACAAACAUAGUUUAUUUUUUUCCAUCAACAGAGAAGAAAAAUGUUAAUGGACUUAAGUCGGCUAAUAGAAUCGAUCAAGAUGAAAAGAAGAUAUUCGUUAUCGCAAAAAGAAACAUUCUAUUAGCAACAAAUAUUAUUUUGUCUACAAGAGAUGUGGCUUGUUAAACUUGGUGACACGUAACUUCAAUAUCUAAAUUGCAGCAAUAGCAACAGCAAUAGUAACAGCAGUAACAGCAGUAGUGCAAGAUUUGAUGCAAGCAGGACACGGUGGACGACCGCGGCCACUCCUCGACGUAGGGGUUGACUUUUCCCUCGGUCGCAACUGAUUCCUGUCGUCAAUCAUCAUCAUCAUCAUCAUUAUCAUCAUCAACGUCUUCUUCUACGUCUUCGUUUUCGUCGCCGUCGUCAUCAUCAUCGUCAUCCUUAUCGCAUCGUCAUCGUCAUCGUCAUCGUCAUCAUUACCAUCGACGUCGUUUUAUUUUGUUCGACAGUGCAGUGCGGGCACGUUACAACAACUUUAUGUGACAGGUCGUGCGUGCAACCGAGCGUACGUUUGAAAAAAAGAGAAAAAUAAAAGAAAAAUAAGAAAGAGAAAGAGAGACGAGCGUACACGCGCGGCGCAUACGCAUACGUCGCGUAUUCACGUCGUUUCAAGGGCCUCCUCGACGUAAGCUCCUCUUCGUCCCAAGAGAAUCCGCAUAAGAGGAUAUACUAAACUCGAUUUUUUUCUUUUCUUCUUCAUCAUCAUCAUCUUCUUCUUGCUAUAUUCGUCAAGCCUUCGAGAAUGGCUACCAUCGAAGGAGUCCCGAUUCUUUUGAUCACUGCAAACGUCGGCAGUAUCUUCGAAGAGCCUGAUGUUAUGUUAAAGAUAUGGACAAAAGAAUUUUUAUCGACUAUAUCACGUUUGGAUUCGAAGUUUAUAGCGCUGCACUGCCAAGAAGUAGGUGGAAAGAAUUAUGAACAAAGUAUGAGACAUGUGGAAGACUUUGUUAGAUUACUAAUGUCGUCAGAAGAACUAAGGCUGUUUGAUAAAACAAGAGUAUUCCUAGAUGAAGACUAUUCGUCGGCUGAACAUUUUACAGCACUGGGAAAUUUUUAUUUUAUUCAUGAGUCUUUAAAAGAUGUUUUAUUAUGGGAUUUCAAAGAAUGUGCUUUCGCACCAGUAUGUGGCAAGGAAAUUCAUUCCGGUAAUAUAGAGGCAGUUACAACCAAAGAAAAAGCAAAAUUCCCUCAAGACUUUUUUCCUGAAUGUAAGUGGUCUAGAAAAGGAUAUUUGCGAACACGAUGGAGUAUUAGUGGAACUGUUUUUGAUCUCAUAAAUAUACACUUGUUUCAUGAUGCAAGUAAUUUUAUUGCAAUGGAAACUUUUCCAUCCGUUUAUAGUAAAACACGUAGAAGAGCUUUGGAGCAUACGUUAGACAGAUUUCACAGUGACAAAUAUCCAAAAGCACCAUACUUUUUAUUUGGUGAUUUUAAUUUUAGGACUGACACUGCUGGUGUAAUUAAGAAACUCACUGAAGAUACUCAAGAAAAAAAAUUAUCAAAUAAAGGAAAUAUUUCGAAAUUACAAUUUCACAACAAGGAAAAUAAUCUUAUAUUAUCAUUGGGCAAAAAAGAAUUCUCAUACUAUGAACAUCAAAAUGUUUUUGUUGAUAAUAGUGGACAAUGGCUACGAGAAUAUGACAAGGAAUUGGAAGACUUUAACGGAAGAUUGUUUGAAUUUCCAAUUAAUUUUAUUCCGAGUUAUCCUUUUCAAGAAGACGUAAAUGAAGCUACAAAUUACAUGCAAACUAGAGUACCAGCUUGGUGUGACAGAGUAUUACUGAGCCCAACUGCUAAAAUGCUAGUCCAAAAUAUAUCCUCUUCUAAUGCAGUAGAGUAUGGUAUAAUAGGAAGAACAACCUGCAUGGGUGAUCAUAAGCCAGUCUACUUGAGGGUUAAUCUCGCAUCAGAAGCAGACAGAGCGAUGGCGUUCCAUGAAACAGAGAAAAAUGUGAAUUCUGAAUUGAAGAGUAUCAAGAUAUUAAACAAUAAUAACGAGAAAAGUGUAACAACAUUAACGAGAUACGUACACGUGAAGCAUGCAGAUUCAACGGUAAAGAUUUUUAAAGAAACAACGGUAUGAUAACGCCAUUACGAUGAUCAUUAAUGAAGAUCUUACGAAGGAGAACUCAUCUAAACUCUAACUGACGUAUUAACGUCUAAUUAGUGUUCGUUUAUCUUAUAUCAAUCGUAAAGAGUGUAAAUAGUAUGUCUCUUACAAUUAGUAAUGAAUUGUUUUGAAUGAAACCACGUGAUCUAAGAACAUGUGAUCUAAGACCACGUGAUCUAAAACCACGUGAAUGAAGUUGUACGCGGCUUCGCGAUUAAAGAAAACAAAAGAGAAAGAGAAAGCAUGAAUGAUUGAAUGAAUGAAUGAAAGAAAUAAUAAGAAAAGAACAAGUUUACUGCUUUUGUGGUAGAUAAUAGGCUUCCAUUAGUCCAAUAAUUUGAAGGUUUUUGGACGAAAAUAUUACAUGUAUACAAGGAAGAUCGUAUUAAAUAACAAGUUGUUUUUGUGUUUGAUGAACCUACACGAAGGGUGCUUUGAUAUAUCUUAUAAUUAAAUUAAAACCAUAUCGAUGUUCCUACGCAAGGUUAUAUGUAGAAAGUGAACAUUACUUAAGGUUAUAUAGGAGGUGUAUUCGUUGGACUCCAUGUAAUCACCUUUUUCGAACGAAUUUCGAUCAAAUACCGUAAUCGUUAAUAACUAAAUUGGCAAACCAUUUUGAUUUCGAAAUUUGCAAAAGAUGAGACAGUAUUUGAUCUGACUUCGUUUUUAAAUGAAACCCGUUGCCAAGUACAUAAAUGGAGCAUUUUUCAAUCAAUUUUUCUCAAACGAUUUUGCCAAUUUGCCUUCUUGUCCUUGAUGACAUCGUCCAUUCACACGUAGGAAGGAUUAUAAGUAUUGAUCUUAAAUAUAUAAUAUAUUCGUGUACGUUAAUAAUAAAACGAACGUAAAAUAUAUUGAUCAAGUUGCUCACAAUUUUCCUACGUAAAAACUGCCCUAAUUAUAUCAUUUUUUAUCUUCUUAAACGUCGUUUGAGAAAUACCGAAAAAUAUGAUAUUUAUGGAGCAACGCAAAGUAUUAGUGAAAUAUUAUGAAAAGAUCAUAUUAUCGGAAGCUAAAUAAAUACAUAGAUGAUUAAACGACCCACCGUAAAUAAUGCGUUCACGCAGGUACAUUCCACUAUUAUAGUUUAAUCGAUAAAAUGGUUUUGAGAAAAUCAAAGUCAAAUAUUUACAAGGAGGAGGAAGAAAAGAUAGAUGGAUAGAUAAAUAGAUAGUACGAUCUAUUGCAAAGUUCAGCAUAUGAUUCUACAAUUGAAAUCAUUUUCUUAUGUCAGUAAUAUGAAAUGAUCGAGAUUAUGUGUUACGUCUAUGGCAUAUCGAUAGAAAAGCGUGUGUGUCUGUCUGUUAUAACGAGUAUUAAUAAAUGUUCAUGCUAUAUUCUUGUUAUUAUAUAGAUUACUCUGAUAUAUUUCUAAAAUAGGGUGAACAAAAAAAUAUACAAUCGGUGUCCGAUGCUAUACGCUUACAACUUAUUUAUUAUACUAUAAGCUAUGUAAGAAAAGUUAGAAAUGAUGCAUUUCAUAUAUUUUGCGUUAGCUGCAUAUGCAAUAACAUGUAAAAAAAUAUUAUUUUUGUGCUAAUUAAUCAUUUUAUUCUAUAGAUAUAUAUAUAUACAUAAAUAUAUUUGUUCGCGAAAAAUGACUUCAAUAUUAAAAUCAUUUUUGAAUGUACCUGCUGCGACUGUUAGUCGCAUACCGCUUCUUAUAUUUGAGAAACAUAUAUUUAUCAAAUGUUUUGAUCUUCUAUGUAAUCCGUCUAAAGUACUUAAACUGUAAGCCUCCAAUCAAAUCAAGUAUGUAUUUUAUUUUGAAUAUGUGUUUUGACAAAUGAAUGAAUGAAUGAAUGAAUUAAUUAAUUGAUAAUUUUUUGUAAUUAUAAUUUUUUGAAUUUAUCUUUAUUACAUUCGUACGAUCGAGACUGCGCCAAAAUAGAAUUAUUCGCUAAAUUUUGCUACGACCUUUCCAACGUGAACCUUUUACACAAUCAUAUUUCGAAAAUAAUAAUCCUUUAUGAAACAAGUGUGUAUAAAAAAAAAUGAAAAAGAUAUAUAAAAAAAAAGUUAAAAGAACAAGAAAAGAAAAAGAAAAAUAUCAUUCCUCCCGCCAGCUAUAUAUGCCAAUAGAAAUUGUGUAUAUUGUAUAUCGUGUUAAUUGUUUGUUAAUAAGUAAGUAAUGUAAUGCUGGAAUAAUUCCGCUGAUCGUCCAAUCCGUCUAAUAAGAUUUUUCUAAAGAAAAUGUUUGAUCUUUUGGAUCUCGCAAAUCCGAUUUCCGAAGAAACUCACUGUGAUUUUGACGUUUACGUUGUACAAAAUCGAUUCCGAUCAAUUAUUUAUUAGAAAUAUCGUCUCUGUAAAAUUGAUUCGCCAAUUUCAAAAUGUAUCUUUUCGAAAUAUGUAUCUAGAUUUUUAUUCCUUGCGUUAACGGAUCGAUAUGUUGUACUUUUAUAUACAUUUAAAUACGGACGUACUUAUAUUUUGUACUUGGAGUACCUUGUGAGAUUAUUAUAUUUCAUAUAUAUAUCGAAAUAGAUAAGAUUAUGACAUAGUCCAUGUAGCGAAUUAUCUUUCGUUAUAAUUGUUAAAGUUUAAUCGUAGAUGUUUAGGUUUUUGUUUUAAGUUAUUUUUUAUUUCAAUUAAAAAUAACAUAAAGUUACAUUUAUGUUAGAGAGAGAGAGAGAGAGAGAGAGAGUUAUCAUUAAUUUCUAUAAAAAUACAAAUGGAUAAUAAUUUAAAAAAUUUAGAUUAUAUUAUAGAUAGUUAAGCAUACAUUAUAUCUAAUUGUUAUAAUCAAUGGAUAUUUUUUCAUAGAGGUCAAAGAUUAAAGUGAGGUACAAUUGAAUUUAUAUGUACAGACAGCUGCGAUUAAUAUUGAAAUUAUUUAUUGUUAUUUUGUCUAUUAAUUCAUUUUUGUAUUAUAUUAAAAAACCUCCAUAUUAAUUAGUAUAAUUAAUAUUAAACUAGCGUUAUUAUGUUGUUGGUCGGAUACUGUAUAAUAUGUGUUAUGCGAACGAUGCAGAAACCUGUUACCAAUUGGCUCAUAGCCAAGUACAAACUUGUCAUUAUUUGUUUUAUGUAUUAAAAUAAAUAAAGUUACUGUUCUGUAACACA